ACCAGAAACUAGCUCAGGUAGCCUUUGAUUUCUCACUUCAAUUUGACGAACUGCACAGAUCUCUCUCAGCUCGAUCUCUCCAAUCCUGUUAGGCUAGCCACCAGGCAACAGACUCGAUCGAAGGCUGCGCGGCGGUAGCGGAGCAGAGAUGCAGGGGGCAACGACGGCCAAGCAGGCGCGCAACGGUGACCGCGGCGCGGCGAAGACGACGGAGGGGAAGGGCGACGCCGCCACCGGCGCCAAGGUCGGCACCGACGUGGCGAAGAGCGACGCCGCCAGGGCUGUGGACGUAGGGAAGGGCGACGCCACCGGCAACAAGGCUGGCGGGGCCAAUAUGCAUCAUCACGGCAUGUCGGCCGUGGAGGCGAAGGACUCCCAGACCAUCGUCGCACUGCAGGCGCCGGUGACCGCCAUGCGCCCCGUCCGCGGCGACCUCGAGGAGCACCUCCCCAAGCCAUAUCUGGCGCGAGCUCUGGCGGCGCCGGACAUCUACCACCCCGACGGCACCGCGGACGACGAGCACAUGCACCACCACAUGAGCGUGCUGCAGCAGCACGUCGCCUUCUUCGACCGCGACGACAACGGCAUCAUCUACCCUUGGGAGACUUACUCCGGAUGCCGUGCGCUUGGGUUCAACAUGAUCAUGUCGUUCUUCAUCGCUGUUGUCGUGAACGGGGCCAUGAGCUAUGCCACACUGCCCGGCUGGCUGCCGUCCCCUCUGUUCCCGAUCUACGUCCACAACAUCCACAAGAGCAAGCAUGGCAGUGACUCUGGGACCUAUGACGACGAGGGCAGGUUCAUGCCGGUGAACUUCGAGAACAUGUUCAGCAAGUACGCCCGCACGUCCCCGGACAGGCUCACCUACAGGGAGCUGUGGUCCAUGACCGAGGGCUUCCGCGACGCCUUCGAUCUCUUCGGCUGGGUCGCGGCGAAGCUGGAGUGGACGAUCCUGUACGUGCUGGCGCGGGACGACGAGGGGUACGUGUCGCGGGAGGCCAUGCGGCGCGUGUACGACGGCAGCCUCUUCGAGUACGUCGAGAGGCAGCGCGCGCAGCACGCCAAGAUGUCCUAGACGAAGAGGAUGGCUGGUGGUACGGUGCUGCGCGAAUGAAUGGAAUGGAAGGCGAAGUGAUCCUGUGUCCAGCUAGUAUAGCUCAAGUCUCGGUCUUUAUGUGUGGCGUCUCUGCUCUGGAUGUAUAUAUGUGUUGAUAAUGAGAUCGAGGGCCGGGCGUGUCAGAAAACAAGCAGCCGUGUACUCAAUAAGCAGAGUUCGCCGGGACCUGGACCUCGCUCUCUUUGCACUUUGCCGCUUCAACCUUUGUUUUGUGCGCGGUUUAUGUUCACCUUCCGGUUCCCGAGAUGCAAAUUGUGUUCGAAUGAGAACGGUGAA